CUCAGAGUUCCCAGGAGGAUUUUCUCCCCGUUGCCUGCGACUCGGACGACACCAUCUGGUACGAUUUCCCCGCCAAAUCUUCCUGAUUUUCUUGCAAAAAAGAUCCCUAGUUUCUCGGCGGACUUCUUGGGGUUAUUCGCACGAGGAUCGAAGCCUCAGAAGUGCUGCGCUUGCCGCGAGCAGCAGCCCAAGGUAUUUGACGAGCGACUGCGCCAGCCGGCUAGUUAGUCAAGUCUCAGCCAAACCAGUCUUCCAAGCCGCGCGUUUGAGGACCCCGAAUUACACAAUGGGCUCAGACGACGAGCGCCGCGAGCGCCGCUCUCGGCGCAGCCACGACGACGACCAAGAUACAAGGCCGCGCAGGGACGCCGCAGACCGAUAUAGCCACCGGCGCAGACGAAGCAAAGACCGAGACCACCGGCGCGACCGCGGCUCCGACAGACACAGAGACAGGCGGAGGUCGCGUUCACGGGACGACCGCGAGAGGCGCCGCUCACGUACCCCGGACUCCUCGUUGCGGAAACGCUCCCGCUCGCGAGCCCGAGACCGAGACCGAGACGGCGACGGCGACGGGGACGGAGACAGAAACAGAGCCAGAGACAGAGAUAGAGACCGGCGCAGGCGACGAUCCGCCAGCGCCAGCGGCGGGAAGGAACUCGCCCGCCGCCGUCACCAUCGCCGUCGCGACUCCGACCGCGGCUCCGACUCGGAACAUGAAGCCCCCCGACGCAAGCGGCCAGCGCCCGCUCCCACCGCCGGUCCCCUCCUUCGCGCGGGCCCGCUCCCUGACCAGGAAGCCUCCUUCGCGGUGUCCAAAGGCGAGGAGCCCGAGAAGCCCAAGGAGAAGCCGAACCUCCGCACGACGGGCCUCCUCGCGGCGGCCUCCAACUCGGUGCAGCAGGCCGACGGCACCUCCAUCGUGCUCAAGUACCACGAGCCCGCCGAGGCGCGCAAGCCGCCCGCCAAGGACCAGUGGCGGCUCUUCGUCUUCAAGGGCGCCGACAUUGUGGACACGGUGGACCUGAGCGCGCGGAGCUGCUGGCUCGUCGGGCGCGAGGCGGCCGUCGUGGACCUGGCGGCCGAGCACCCGAGCAUCAGCAAGCAGCACGCCGUGAUCCAGUUCCGCCACGUCGAGAAGAGGAACGAGUUCGGCGACCGGAUCGGCAAGGUGAAGCCGUACCUCAUCGACCUGGAGAGCGCCAACGGGACGGUGCUGAACGGGGACAAGAUCGCCGACAGCCGCUACUACGAGUUGAGGGACAAGGACAUGAUCAAGCUGGGGCACAGCACGCGAGAGUACGUGCUCAUGCUGGCGCCAAAGGAAUGAGGAAUUCCAAUGCUGCGGGAGGGAAGGGUGUCGACUGGUUCCGUCGCGAACGUGGGAUUGUCGUCACCACAGCCGGAUGCCGUUGAAAUUUUCCUACUUCUGCUAGACUUGUAAAUUAUAAUUCCUAAAACUGGCGUUUUCCGAAAGAGGCAGAAGAGGUACGGAACACAAGAACGCUACUUUGAUAUUUCUACUACUAUGAUGUUUUCUAUGAGAACAAGACAAAAGAAACAAACGCUGAA